AUCAGUUACUAAAUUCGCGCAUGCUAGUUUGAAAGAAGGAUUCAGACGAUAUUUUAGUUUGAACACGUGGUAACUUAAAUCUAUAAAAAUGACAAAAGUCAGAAAAGUGAAGCGCAAGAAGAGAUUUCGCAUGAACGUUAAUCGUAAACGAUUACGAAAUAAAUUAAGAAAACUACCAACAGUACAAUGUCCUCAAAUAGAACAAUCAUGGGAAGUGACCAUGUCCACUCGAAGUAAUUUGAAACAAAUGGGUUUAGCAUAUGACUCAAAUGAAGUAUUGAAAAUUCCAAAUGCCAAAAGAGAACUAAUCAAAAAGGUAAAACGCAAGUUAAUAGAUUCUGAAGAUAUAUCAGAUGAUGAAGAAGAAAACAUGAACAUGGAAACUGAAAAAAGUCAUAUAGCCAAAGAACUUGAAGCAGAUGCAAAGGCUCCACGAAUACGAACUUUCAAGCUACCAAACAAUCAAGUACAGUUUCUUACCUAUUUAAUGGACAAGUAUGGAGAAGAUUAUGAGGCUAUGGCACGAGACAAGAAGAACUAUAACCAAUUAACGUGGAAACAAAUACGUGCUAAGAUUAAAGUAUUUAAGGGCAUUCCUGAGCAAUAUAAUCAGUAUCUUCAAAACAAAAUGAGCAAUGACAAUUAAAGUUUUGUAAUUAGUUAAGACAUAUUUCAAGUAUUUGACUGUACAUAAAUCAUGAAAAUAUAGAAUUAAUGCACAAGUGUUUGUUAUUUAAGUAAAUGAAGUAGAAAAAAAGGUUCAAAUACUACUUUUUUAAGUAAACAAGACAUGUUUUAUAUAAUACUUACAUUGAUAAUCAUCAAAAUAUAUAUUUUCAUACGUAUAACCUCUAACAUUUACCAUUUUGUAUAUCAGUUACAAAAGUCAGUGUAACAUAAUGUAUUUUAUAUUGUGCUUAAUUAAAAUAAAAAAUAUGACAGUA